AUGCACUUCUGUUAUUUUUGCAAUGGAAAAUAUCAGCAUUCAGAUCAUAGCGGCAUUUCCAUUAUCUAUAAAAAGCUCGUGCAGCAUGGGCUAAUUUCUUCAUCUAAUGUUAUUGCAGGAAUUUUUGCACGAGACAGGAAAGUACGCGGAAGUAUCAACAACACGUGUGUGUCCCUCCCUGUCAGUCAAAGGCAAGCUAAUAAACUUGUCAGUUUGCAAGUCAUGAAGCCUACAUUCGCCGGCUCUUGAAAGAAAAGUUUGUCGCUGAUAUGGACGGACACACACCUGGAGAAACCGUGGACAUGAACUCGGCGCAUGUAGUGUGUCGUCGUGCUUGGAACGCAGUGGAUCCUCGAGACAGGACAGCGACGAAGAGUCCCGCACAGAUUGUGAUCGUUCACCAUACGGCGCUCCUGUACUGCUCGCGUCCGCGCGACAGCGUCUCUCAGCUCGCGCACAUCCAGCGCAUGCACAUGCAGGAGAGGGGCUUCGACGAUAUCGGUUAUAACUUUCUGAUAUCUGGAGAUGGGGUGGUGUAUGAAGGGCGGGGAUGGGGGAUUGUAGGGGCCCAUGCAAAGGAACACAACUUAUAUUCUGUUGGCAUCGCCUUCAUGGGUAACUUCAAUGAUGAAUUGCCCAGUUCUGCAUCACUGUCCGCUCUGCUAAGACUGCUGCACUUUGGAGUGCUUCACGGUCAUGUGCGCCCCAAUUUUGUGCUUGAGGGACAUAGAGACGUGGGAAAGACUGAGUGUCCGGGCGAACAUUUAUACGCUCUGCUACCAAAACUAAGAGACCAAUUACGAAACCAAUGAUGACUGCACAAGUUGCAUUAAACCCCUGUAGUGUAUGCAGC